CCCCCAGAUUAGCGACGAUACAACUAACCUUGCUCUUCCCAACAACAAAAAACUUUACAUAACGGGAACAAAUAAAAGAAUAGAAUCCAACCUGAUCAGCAUCACAAAAACUUAUUCUUCGUCCAUUCACAAACUCUGAGCUUCACAAUUCAUUCAUAACACAGGGCACCAUCUUGAUGAACCCGCGCUGAGUUCCCGCUACCCAAGCAGCUUCAAAGGCAGCUUCCAAGGCAACUUCCAAGGCAGCUUAAACCCGUGCUGAGCUCGCUCAGCGCUCGUCAGUAGCUAGAGUAAUCUCUCAGGGAGAACAUGGUACUUGGACUUUUCCUGCUCGUGGUCAUCUUUUUGGCCACUAUCUGCUUCCUCCUCCAGCAGCACUAUGCCUACUGGCGACGUCGAGGAGUACGAGAACUGCGACCCCACUGGAUAUUGGGCAACCUGGCGGGACUGCUGAGCAUGAGGGACAGUCCGGCGGAUUUUAUGGGACAGUUGUACAAUCAUCCGGAUGCACUAAAUCAGCCCUUUGUGGGCAUACACGUAUUCCACCGCCCGGCUCUGCUGCUGCGCGAUCCCGAUCUGAUCAAGCGGAUCCUGAUCAAGGACUUUGGCAAGUUUUCCAACAGAUACUCGAACUCCGACUACAAGGGAGAUCCGUUGGGAUCGCAAAACAUAUUCUUCCUGAAAAAUCCCGCCUGGAAGGAGGUGCGCUUCAAGCUGUCGCCCUUCUUUACCAGUAACAAGCUGAAGAGCAUGUUUCCCCUCAUCGUGGAGGUUGGCUCUAAUCUGGACGCCUAUCUGCGCGAGCAGCCGCUGCACAACGAACGGACCCGCUGCUUCGACCUGGAAGCCAAGGAGCUGUGCGCCCUAUUUACCACGGACGUGAUUGCCUCGGUGGCCUACGGGGUCCAGGCCAAUAGCUUCACCCAGCCCAAUGGCGAGUUCCGCAGGCACGGCCGAGCCGUCUUCGAGUUUAGCCUGAAGCGGGCGGCGGAGUUUACGCUGGUCUUCUUCCUGCCGCAUCUGGUCCCGCUCUUUGGCUUCAAGGUGGUGCCUUCCGAGGCUACCCGGUUCCUGCGCAACACCAUCAACUAUGUAAUGGCCGAGCGCGAACGGUCCCAGCAGACGCGAAACGAUCUUAUCGACAUCCUCAUCGAGUUCCGACGCUCCACUCAACAGGCCAGGGCUGCCGGGGAUCACGGCCAGUUUGUGUUCGAGGGCGACAUCCUAGUGGCACAGGCGGUGCUCUUCUUUACCGCCGGCUUCGAGUCCUCCUCUUCCACGAUGGCCUUUGCCAUGUACGAGCUGGCCAAGGAUGCCGAUAUCCAACUGCGUGUGAGGCAUGAAAUCAAGGAGGCUUUGAUAGCCAGCGGUGGACAGGUGACCCUUCAGCUGAUAGAUUCCCUUGAGUACAUGCAAAUGGUCUUGCUAGAGGUUCUGCGCAUGUAUCCCCCGCUGCCGUUCCUGGACCGAGAGUGCACUGCCGAGGACGAGGAUUACUCCCUGACGCCGUAUCACGGGUUCCGAGUGCCAAAGGGAAUGCCCAUCUACAUACCCUGUUAUGCAUUGCACAUGGAUCCCCAGUACUUUCCACAGCCCCGGAAAUUCCAGCCGGAGCGCUUCUCCCCCACCAACCGAAAACUUCAGACUCCCUACACCUACAUGCCCUUUGGCCUGGGUCCGCAUGGCUGCAUCGGAGAGCGCUUUGGACUGCUACAGGCAAAGGUGGGGCUGGUAAAUCUCAUGCGCAACCACCAGGUAACCACAUCGGAGCGCACUCCGCGGCGCAUGAAACUUGAUCCUAAGGCUAUAAUACUGCAGGCCCAGGGCGGGAUACACUUGAGGCUCGUGCGCGAUCCUUUGGGUAUCUGAUAUAUAUAAAUAGUAUGUAUGACUCACCAAGUUUU